AUGUUCAGGAAGAUCAAUCAUGUGUUCCGUCCGAAUGGACAUAAAGGGCGAAACAACGGCGGGUCCUGUGAGGGUGGAGGAUUGGGGCCGGACUACCACAGCGCCUGCACAGUCAGGCUGGUCCGUAGCACAUCCCUGCUAGUGCUGGGAGAACGAUCCCAGUCAGUUUUGAAACGGAGCAAAAGCACAGUGAGCAUCGAGUCCACCUUGUACUACCACCAGGGACAAGAAGACCGCAUGUGGCUCUAUUCCCAGAACCAGAACUGCCUGGAGUACCUGGAGGCGCUGGGGGCUCUGAGGCGGCGUUACACCGAGAGUGUCUUGAAUAGUCGUGACAAGGCCAAGGCCACAGCGUCCUCCAAAAAGAAAGCUGUGCCCCCAACUCCAUACAGAGAACCGGUAUCUAGAGUGACCCCCUCGGCCCCGCCUGUGCCCAACGUGAAGGACACUUUGCAGUUUUUGGAUGAGGUGAUCGCAAGCUGUGACAGUGAAGCCCAGCGCAAACCUUACAUGGAUGACGGGCAUGCUGACGUGGACUUUAUCGUGGCAUCCAGCUCUGCAGAACACGACCUCCACUCCAAUUGGGUCUUGCGGGUUCCUCGGGGGGCGGAUGACCCCGACAGCAAGCCACAGGAGGAGAAGGCGGUCGUGUCCUGUGCCAAAGAAAAGGUUCUCAAUAAGAAGAACCAAAGUGGGUCGACCAGCAGCAGGUUGCGUCUGCAGAGGAACCCCAUCCACUUGCCCAAAGUGGUGGAGAGCGCCCUGCAGACGCUGCGCUUUAAGCCCAAGUGUAAAAAGUCCAAAUGAUAGGCCGAGACUUGAAACUGAAAGUUGUCUGUUUACACUUCCGUCAUGAACAAUUUCCGAAGGAGCUUUUCUUUUUUUCUUUUUAAAUAUACACCAGUCCGUCUUUCAUUGGCGACGAUUCUUUUGGCCAGGGAUGUCCAAGGUACAACCCUAAAGCCAUUUUCUGACCGCAGCUAGUUUUUUAUUGACCGUCGGCAUAUUCUAAACAUAAAAUGGAUUCACUAUUAAGGAGAUGCAGUAUAUUACUAAUUGUAUUCAUUUACUUUGUCACCGAUACACAAAGCUCAGCGGUCCAUGUUCUGUUCAACUAGUGUGGCAUAAUAUAGUGUCCCACUUUUGAGUUGGUUUUCGCAUCUUUCAAGGAUAAACUGUAUCAAAGUACUCCUCCACUUCAUUGAAGUUUUCCAUAUUAACUAAUAAAGGGAAGACCUCCCACU